AUGGACGAUGGCGAUGCUCCGCGCGCGGCGCAGAUCUCGCAGGCGGACAUCAUCGAGCGCCAGGCUGAGUCCAUCGCGCGGCUGAAGAAGCAGCUGCAGAAGGGCAGCGAGUACAAGGAGCAGACCAAGUCCAAGCUCAAGGAGGCGGCGGCGCGGCUGAAAGAGUACCGUCUUCGCGUUGAAACGCUUUUACGCUCGGAGGAAACGCUGAAAGAGCAACUGCAGACUGAGCAAGCUGCGCAUGCUAAAACGAAGAAGCAGCAUAAAACCACGUUGAAUCAAGUAAAAACGAGAAAACAAACUCACGCAGCGACUCAAACGGACGAGAAAAAGAAAAUAACGCGUACGAGUCAGACGCUGUUAAGUGGGGAUGUGGAACGAGUUAACAAGAAGACAAUGGUGGACAGUGAAGUACAGACGGUGGACAUCGCAAUAGACACAUUGACGUCCAAAAAACGAGGCAGAACGUCCACUGCGACGCAAAUGGACCAAAUCGUGCCGAAACUCUCGCGACAUUUAUUAAAGGAGACGCUCGAGGACACUUUAGCCAUAAGUAAAGAGCCGCUCGAGCUUCUGGAUGGACAUAUGACUACGUUCCCGCACCAAACAAGUGCAGCGUUAGACGCUGAAUUGGCUUUUAGUGAUUCCGACGCUGAAAGUGGCGAAACGCUAAAACUCGAUAGUAUGGCGGAAACUGGCGCAAGCGUCGAGUUGAUCCCGUUUGAAGGUUUGAUAUCGAAUGAAAUCGACAAGGAAUUGGAUUUUAGCGACGAUGAAAUGGCUGAAACGACGAAUAGUGGAGAUUCAUCGACAGUAAAAGCACAGGACGGUGCUGAAAUGUCGCUGUUAAGUGGAAUUGAUGCAACGCUGCAGAGUGAAAUUGACAAGGAACUCGAAAGCAGCAGUGACGACGAGAGUGUUGAAACGCGUAAAAACGCUGAAAUUGCUGACGAAAUCGAUAAAGCUUUGGAAUCCAGCGACGAAGAAGAAGAAAAAGAGAAAACUAAUGUCACGGCGGUAGAUACUGGUGACAGCCAUGGGUGCACUUUAAUGUCGAUUGAUGAUGAGCUAGACGACGAAUUUGCAGCUCUGGAGGCGGAUUCCGAGCCAGAGAAUUCAAAACCUGCGAAAGAUAAUUUAAACCCCGCAGAGUCCAGUUCCAGCAGCUCGAGUGACAGUGACUCGAGUGACAGUAGCGACAGCGAGUCGGGUAAAGACGGAGACGACCCCAUGACUGGAAUUGCCGAUAAAACACCCGAUCGAGAGGCUUGUACCACCGAUUCUGGGGCGCUCACCAGACCAGUCACGGCCAUGUACUCGCCUGUUGUCGAGGCCAAGUCGUCGUGUCCAAUCCCCGAGCCUCUGCAGCUGUCAGCAACGAACCACAAGGAGGACACGAGUGCUGCUAGCUCGCAGCCAAAGCCGGUCCAAAAGAGCAUUUCAGACGACCUCCAACCUACCACGACAGUCGAUGAUACGGUGGUGGUACAAGGCGCAAACUCCUCUUCUACUAACGAUGACAACUCCAGUAUUCCCGUGUCAAAGCCAGCGGCCUUAAUCGAACAGGAUAAACCUGUGCCUGACACCAUAAUGCAGCCGCCAGAAAGAGCAACCGAACGUGGUGAAUUGCAAGUAUGCACGACGCACCAUCACCGUCUUGGUAAGCCAGAGCUCCAGAUUCCUGGAUACUCUCGCGCAUGUGCGCAUAUUUGCGCGCUUCAUACACAUUUGUGUCGGUCGACGCGGCAGUUAACGCGCGCUCGCGUGCUGCUUUUCGACAUUAUUCGAGACAAUCCGGACAUCCGCGGCUUGUACUUUGCAGUGGUGAUGCUAGAGAUCUACCCGGACAUGUUCGAGCGCGAGUUCGACGACCAAUGCGUGGAACGGCGAGAUGUACUUAAGGAAACGCUGCAACAUGCGUUUAUUGUCAUUUCGAGCACAGCUGCCGAAAAGCAGCAACUCCUACUGCAUCAGUCAAGUUUCACCAUGUUGCAUCGUAUCGCCGAUGCCAUCCAUAAGCCCGAGCUGGAACAAGUCGACGGGACGGAUCUGGCCGUACAAAAACUGUACGUCCAGAAACUGUACGACCAAUUGGCCGUACAAAAUACGGACUACUUUGCACUCGCUAAGUGUAUGGAAAUAUGUACGACCGUGUCCGAGGUUGACUUGGUAACUGACGUCUUCAGCGCCGAAAAGUGUCGAGAACUCUUUUCCACCGCGAAUACUGAAGCUAAAACCGGUAUUUUAUCGGUUGUCGGGCAUAUAGCCAUGACUAUUGCGAGCGAGCAGUACGUGGAGAGCGUCAUCGACUGGCUCCGCAGGACUUAA